AUGCGUUUCACCAACGUCCUUAUAGCACUGGGCAGUGUCACCGGUGUUGUCAGCGCGUUCCAAGCAGUCAAUGACCGCAGCAGUCUUAACGUCGUUGGCGAUAAUGUUUAUGACAAUGCGGCGACCACCUUAGUCCCAGUGCAACUAGAUGCCCGGGCUAAAAAAGGAGACAAGAAGAAGACUACUACUACAAGCACCAGUACUUCGAAGGCGGCUGUCGCAACGACGAGCAGCACUACAACCAGCAGCGCGAAGGCACCCGCUGCGACGACUAGCAGUGUGAAAACUAGCAGCGCGACGACUAGCAGCGAUACGGGUGUAGCUACUGCCUGCUCCAUCAACAGAAGGCUUCGUUUUAUGCCAAGGACCCUUGAAAGAGCUCAAAAGACAGAAAAGACAGACGGCGAAUACAAAUUGGACGAGAACGAGUGGAUCACAGCGUUGAAAGUCAAGUCUGGUGACAAGAUAUCCGUCAUAAAUGUGAGCGGAUGCUCUGCCGUAUUUCUCUGGAAUGAGAACGAUAUUCCGUCCGUCUUCCAUAUCUUUUGCGGGCAAGAGGAGGCAGAUGGCAAAAAGGCCGCCCAGACCCUGGGUGACAUGGGAUCCCAAGUGGAGCCCGUCUCUGUCACCAUCGCGGCCAUGGACGAGGGAAGAUUCAACACAAUCAGGACGCAGAUCAAGGCAGAGUUUACGUUUUUGAAAGACGCCGACUUCAAAUCCAUGAUUUACGAUAACGACGCUCGAGCGGAUGGUGAGAGAUACCGAUUUGAGGCUGUAGCUGGUACCCAGUCGGUGGAGAAGAAAUUGGGACCAGGCUGUAGCAGGCAGACCCAGUGA